AUGGCUGCGCCUGGCAAUGUCUCGGACGAGGUCGAUGUUGACCCAACUCCUCAGGUGAGGGAGUUCGCGUCGUCAAACAUUGAGGGACAAAAUGAGAGCGCAGAAGUGCCGGCACAUCGGUCACACGAUCCGAACAAGAACGUGAAACGGACCGAUCCCUUCCAGUUUGGAAGCCGCUAUUUAAGCGAGGGAGACGAUGUCUUUGAGUUCAAUGCCUGGGACCAUGUCGAAACUGACGACGCGUACAAGGAGUUUGCUGAACGUCAGUUUGAGAUGCAACGCCUGGCACCUGUUUCCGAAUUUGACAAGAGCAGGUUCAAUGGCAACCCAGCCAAGUGGUGGAAUCUCUUUUACAAGAAUAACGCUUCAAACUUCUUUAAAAAUCGCAAGUGGUUGCAACAAGAAUUUCCCGUCCUUGCUGAAAUAACCAAGAUGGAUGCUGGUCCCAAGAUAUUACUUGAAAUUGGCGCUGGCGCUGGUAACACAGCAUUCCCCGUGCUUGCCAACAACCAGAAUCCCAGGUUGAAAGUCCACGCGUGCGACUUUUCCAGGACUGCUGUAGAGGUCAUGCGCAACCAUGAGGCAUAUGACACAAACAUCAUCCAAGCCGAUGUAUGGGAUGCCGCAGGACAAAGUCUCCCCCCUGACAUCGUCGAAGGCACCGUAGAUGUCGCAGUUAUGGUGUUCAUUUUCUCAGCCUUAUCGCCCAAGGAAUGGGCACAGGCUGUUCGAAACGUGCAUAGAGCGCUGAAGCCUGGCGGCUUAGUCUGCUUCCGAGACUAUGGAAGAGGGGACCUAGCCCAAGUUCGCUUCCGCAAGGGGCGCUAUCUAGAGGAGAAUUUCUACAUUAGAGGCGACGGAACUCGCGUAUAUUUUUUCGACCAGCAAGAACUGGCCAAAAUCUGGUCAGGUGAUGAGGCCUUCACUGACGACCCAGAAAAUUCACGCAUGCCCCGGUUUGAGAUAGAGAACCUAGGCGUCGAUAAACGCUUGAUAGUCAACCGAGCUCGAAAGCUGAAAAUGUAUCGGUGUUGGCUGCAAGGUCAGUUUAGAAAGACAUAA